GACGUCCCGGCCGGGCAGAUUCCGGCGCCCGGACCGUGCCCUCGGCUUUCGGGCUCGGGGCCUGGGGGCGGGGCCUCGGGGUUGAGCGGAAGAGGCCGAGGAGCUUCCCCGAUCGCUGCUGGGGUGGUGGUCUCCGCGCCGGCGACAUCACUGCCUUGGCCCCUGGUUUUCUCCAUGUUUUGAGGAGGGUGUGAGAAGGACCAUGGAUCCUGCAGCACUAGUGGAAGCCAUUGUGGAAGAAGUGGCCUGUCCCAUCUGCAUGACCUUCCUGAGGGAGCCCGUGAGCAUCGACUGUGGCCACAGCUUCUGCCACAGCUGUCUCUCUGGGCUCUGGGAGGUCCCAGGAGAAUUGCAAGACCAGGGUUACACAUGUCCCCUCUGCCGGGCUCCUGUCCAGCCAAGGAACCUGCGGCCUAAUUGGCAGCUGGCCAGUGUUGUAGAAAAAGUCCGUCUGCUAGAGCUGCAUGCAGGAGUGGGGCUGAAGGGGGAUGUGUGUGAGCUCCACAGCAAACAGCUAAAGAUGUUCUGCAGAGAGGAUGGCCUGGUCAUGUGUGAGGCCUGCAGGCUGUCCCCCGAGCAUCAGGCCCACAAUGUCGUGCCCAUGGAGGAUGUCACCUGGGAGUACAAGUGGAAACUCCAUGAGGCUCUGGAACAUCUGAGGAAAGAGCAAGAAGAGGCCUGGAAGCUGGAAGUUGGUGAAAGGAAACGAACCGCUAACUGGAAGAUACAGCUGGAAACCCGAAAGCAGAGUAUCAUGUGGGAGUUUGAGAAGUAUUGGCGAUUACUACAGAAACAACAGCCACCAAGGCAGCUGGAAGUAGAGGCAGCAGCGGCUCUGGCCAGCCUAGAGCAGGAGGAGGGGGAGACCAUGCAGAAGCUGGAGAUGAAUCACAAUGAGCUCCUCCAGCAAGGCCGGUUCCUGUGGAAGAUGAUUGCAGAGCUGGAAGAGAGGUCUCAGAGGCCAGUCCGCUGGAUGCUGCAGGGUAUUGAGGAUGUCUUAAACAGGAGCCGGUCUUGGAGCCUGAGGCGGCCAAAACCAGUCUCCUUGGAGUUGAAGACGGAUUGCCGUGUGCUGGGGCUAAGAGAGGUCCUGAAGACGUAUGCCGCUGAUGUGCUCCUGGAUCCAGACACUGCUUAUUCCCGCCUCAUCGUGUCUGAGGACAGAAAAUGUGUGCACUAUGGAGACACCGAGCAGAAACUGCCUGACAAUCCUGAGAGAUUUUACCGCUACAAUAUUGUCCUGGGCAGCCAGUGCAUCUCCUCAGGCCGCCACUACUGGGAGGUGGAGGUGGGAGACAGGUCUGAAUGGGGCCUGGGAGUAUGUAAGGAAAAUGUAGACCGGAAGGAGGUGGUCUAUUUAUCCCCCCGCUAUGGAUUCUGGGUGAUAAGGCUGAGGAAGGGAAAUGAGUACCGGGCAGGCACUGAAGAAUACCCGCUGCUGUCCUUGCCAGUCCCCCCACGCCGGGUGGGAGUCUUCCUGGAUUAUGAGGCCCAUGAUAUCUCCUUCUAUAAUGUGACUGACAACUCCUCCCACAUUUUCACUUUUCCCCACUUUCCCUUCCCUGGGCGCCUCCUGCCUUAUUUUAGUCCUUGCUACAGCAUUUGUGCCAACAACACCACUCCUCUGACCAUCUGCUCCCUGAACGGGGAGGACUAAGAGAGCCCCCAUCCUAACCAGAGGCCUUGCAGUUUCACCUGGACUGCAGGGGUCUUGGAGGGCCCUGCUGCUGACAAGGGUUCCCUUGAACUGAGCUGAGCCUGGAAUCCAGGAAUUCUCUUGCCUGACCCAGUGCCCUGUUGCUCCUGGGCCAAAGGCUCUCUAAACUCCGCAGGGGAAGAAGCUGAGGCUCUAUCAUAUGAGCAGUGCACCCCUAUGAGGGACGUGUGGCCAGGCUGAUGGUGAAGAUCAGAGCAGUUCUGAGCAUCAGGGCUCUGUCCUUUCUGUAGCUCAUGCCCCUCUUCCCCAUCCUUGUUGGUGCCAUCAUUAAGUUAGUGAGGACGAUGAAAUAGAUCCAGCCUUUGGGAAACCCUUUGGGAAGGGUUGACCAACAAGCCAAAAGACUACAGUCCGUGUCCAGAACUGGCUGGGUGCUGAUGGCAGUGGCUGGAUGCUUCCUCUUAGGUUUGCUGCUUCUGACCAACCCAAAACUGACCCCUGCUCUCUGAUCUCCUAACCAGAGAAAUACAUUGCAGCUUUGCCCAGACCACGCUAAUGGUCGUCUUCUCUCUGAGUACGAGCUGGGCAAAUCACUCUCUAUCUCAAACUCUAUCUCAAAGGAGACCUGUGUCCUGGUUCUGCCCUUUCUUUAAAUGUUAGGAUCAGGAACCCUGUGUGCCUUGUUCUUAUUUUCACUUGAUGGAUGAAGAAACUGAAAUGGCCUUAACGCAGCAAGUUAUUUCUCACAAAGCUACUGAAAGAAGAUUGUAAAGAUUAUAAGGGUUUACCAAACUCACAUCUCAGUCACAUGUCUGCAUCUCAUCAUUACCUUUGGGUCUGAAACAUCCCACCCAUUUGUAAAUAUUCAACUGUCCUCAGUGGCAGCGGGGUUACAGUAGCUGUAUACUCUCCUACCUCACAGGAUUGUUGUAAAGAUCUUAGAACCAUCCUGUAGUUUUGUUCCCUUCUCAGGGAUGAAUGAAGACAAGCCAUGGAUUUUGCCUGUGUCACCUUCCUAUCUUACCUUCUUAGAGCCAGCAUCUUGUCAGCAGGGCCUUUGUUUCUUAAAGCCUUUCCUGACAGUCUAGAGCCAUUUAGACAGAAAGGUCCCAUGCUAGUGGAAACUCCACCCGCAGUAAUAUAUUCUGCAUCUAUUGUAUAUGCUUGUCUUUGGAUUAGAAUGGAGACGGUGACAUCAGGGUAGAGAAUGGAAAUAAUAAAAAGAAAAAUGUGAAACAAGUGCACUUCCAGGAAGUCUUACAAGCUGGUUGGGCUAAAAUUCAGAUAUUUUUUGUCCCCAAGGGCAUCUUGAUGUUUCUGGUAACUAUAUAAUAUUCUGCCUUUCUCUUCUCUAAAUCUAUGACAAAUGAGGAAAGCAGGAGGGAAGGGUAGGGAGAAAGAAUUGGACUAGGCUCAGAAAGCCAAUUUGAGAGCUAUAUGUACAAUGAAAGAGAAUUGAGACUAUGUGUCUGGGCAUUUCACCUUAACGUGGUUGCUGCAUGUAGCCAAAACAAUUCAUUACAGCUCUUAAGAGUGUGAUGUGGGAAUGAUUGUGGCUGGAAACAAACUGCAAGGCAACCAUGUGAGAACUAAUGGUUUUGCUUAUUGUACGGGCUACAAUAUGUACAUUACAUAUUGAUGCUGUGUAACACAACCUCUGAGGUAGUUUAUACUUGAAGGUAGUGACAGUUGGGUUAGGAUUUGGCUGGAAAGUAGAUACUAGGUUAGGUAUAGGCAAAAACAAAGUAAUUCCUGUAAUAAAGGAUAGCAAAAGUUAUGUUUCUACCUUUAUUGUAUCGGCUAUUCACGUAUGAAAGAGGUAAAACAGACCAAAAUGGGGAAAUGAACUCAUUCUGCCCACCACACAUCCAAGUUGCUCCUUGACUAUUAGUAGUAAAGGGGAGAAGUUACCAUCAACUGCUUGGAGUGGAAUGAACUGGUAAGUCACAGACCUGAUCUUGCAAAGGAUUGAGCUGACCAGCAUUAGAGGGACCAUGUGUCUUUACUUGGGGGAACUCUCUGGGGAAGUGCUUUUAGACUUCAGAAAUGGGUUUUGAGGAAGUACUUCUAGUUAUGUCCCUGGACAUUUAGCAGAAGAGGCUAAGGGCCAAAUCAGUGUUGUUCUGUUACUAUGGCUUUCUUAGGACCAAUCUUGGACAGUUCUUCGAAAAAGAUUAUUAAGUGAUAAAUUCAUUCAAACCUAGAAUGAAUUAAGGAGUAAAAUGGUUUUGUUUGUAAUGUGCUAUUUUGGGAUGGGUUUUUUUUUUUUUUUGACAUUUUUAAAGCUGAUUUGGGCACUAUGAUUACUUGUUAGAAGAAUUACAAGUUUAAACAAAUUGUUUAUUUCAUACUCUUUGAUUGUAAGACCAGGCAAGAAGACUAAAGUUCUUCAGUGUAUGAAAACCCUUUUCUCUAAGAUAGUUGCUUACUCUUCCCUUCUAAGAACCCCAUGAAGACAAGGACUUUAUUUGUCUGGUUCAUCAGUGUAACCCCUGUCUAGCACUGUGUGUGUGUGUUUGUGUGUGUGUGUGUUGAUAAAUAUUUAAGUGAGGGAAUUUUCAUUCCUAUGCCUAGAAUCAAAACAAAAGUAAGCUUUUCUUGCCUCCUAGGGGCAUGAAAGACUGGAUGGUACUUAACUAUAUUCCUGUUCAAAAACUGAUUUGAUGGGUAAUUUCAAAAGUGGUCCAGAAGGGGAAGAGACACAUAGCCAUCAGAGGGUAGAGUGCAUGCACCACUCCCUAGAAUGUCUGGCCUGGCACCUCUGACGUGGUGUGAUCAUUCAUUGCCAGGCAGGGAUGAGCUUUGCCCAUCCUUGCUUUACCAGCAGAGAAACCAAGGGGUGCAAUGCCUGAGUCUUGAGGGGAAAGGCUACUAAAAGCUUGUGAUUCUCGGGUCCUAUAAAAGCUAGAGGCAGAGGGUAAAUCUGUGGGUUCACAACUCCCCACAGGAAAUCCAGUCUCCCUUUUUUUCAAGGAUGAUUGGUUGUAAUCUCUUAAGAUCCAAACACUGAGAGUCUGCUGUGGAUCCCAGGCACUAGUUAAGUGAGCACACAUUGCUGCUUGUAAUAGAGGAGGGGUCUGAUCUGAAUGCAUCCAGAGAAGCGCAAGACUUACUGUUUUGGGGCAGCCAUGGCAGGGAACCAGUCCGUUUUUGGAAAUCUGUAAUUCAAUAUCUGAGUACCAACGGUGGAUCCCAGCUGGUGUCAGGGAAUAGUAAUGUGAAUGAGACACAAGUUGGCAGAGUAGCCUUCUGAUGGAAAUGCUGGAAAGAGAUUUUUAUUUUGGCUGCAGGCUGGACUAUACCUUUGUUGCUUUACCUCAGAUUCUUUAAUGUAUCUAGUAUUCUUUGAUUUAAUAGACGUAGUUCUUUUGGUGCUUUAUGGAGAAAGAAUAGUGUGACUUUUCAAAAUCAAAAUCUUUUCAAAUGUGCUUCACUGCCUCAUGAUCUUGAUUUGUUUAUGUUAGGGGGUGGCAAGGGGAGGAGAGUCUUUUUUACUGCUCUUUGGGAACUCAGGGCAUCAUUAUCAGAUAUUUAGAGGCUGAUUCCUACUCCACUGGUAUUCAGAAAUAGAAUACAUUCUAGUGGGUAAACAAAGUCCAAUAUUAGCAAAAGGUGGGUUUGCUGAGUUGUUAAGUAGAAAAUCUGUUUAGAAUAAUUACCACAUGAGUACUGAUCUACACAGGACUGCAAUUUCAAUAGUGCCAAGAACUACCCCUUAAAAUUGUGGAAUUAGAAAUAUAUUGGGUUUAUUUUUUAAAUACAAUAUAUUGAUGUUGCUUUUUGUACUUUCCAUUCAUUAUUUUGCUUAAUUUUCAAUGCCUUCCCCCCAUCAGUAGAAAGGAGAUAUUGAGACUCAGAUACAGUACUUUGGUAUCUGUACUAUUGUAAAAUUAUCUUGUAUUAAAAUUUUUUUUCUUCCUCUUCUUUAGUUCUUGCUGGAAAAGAGUAGCCUGAGCUAACAUCUGUUACCAAUCUUUCUCUUUUUUUUUCACUCCCCAAAGCCCCAGUAAUGGUUUUAUAUCCUAGAUGUAAGUCAUUCUAGUUCUGCUAUGUGAGCUACCACCACAGCAUGGCAACUGACAAAUGGGUGGUUUGAUUCCGCAACUGGCAGUGAGCCUGGGCCACAGUAGCAGUGAGCACCUAACUUUAAUCACUAAGCCAUCAGACCUGGGCUCAUAACAUUUUCAAAUGUACCAGAGUCAAAUAUGUGUAUCUCUUGCAUAUGAAACCUUUUUCUUUUAACAUAUAGUGAUUAUUCUGUUUAACACUUUCUGAAAAGGGAAAAACAAAAACAAAAUAAGUAUCUGGUGACCUGGAGGAGAGUAGUGACAUUUCAGCUUCAUAAUUGAUCUUGUUCUCUAUUGACCUUUUCAUCCCAGAGCACACCGCCUUAGAGGUAUCCAGAAGAAGAUAGACCUAUCUUAUAUUUGAUCCCUCUCUUUUGUGUCUUACAGUUCAGUUACUCAAGCAAAAUUAGGAAACAAAGAGAAAGAUGUCAAAAAUCAAACUUACAUUGCCUUAGCUUCUGUGUCAUAAAAACAAAAACCUAGUGAUUAGUACGCUGAGUCCAUCUACCUUAACAAUAUGGGAUAUAGUAAAAGGAUGUAGAGAUAUCUUGCAGAACGUAAUAACAGGGAUGUACCUGGGUAUCCAAGAUAAAUUGGAACCAGAGAACCAGCGAUUCAGUUUCUUCAUCCAUUUUGCUAAUCUCUUCUUUUGCUAUGGAAUAGCUUUUUCUUUCUAAGUUCAUAUGUUGGAAAAUGGCCACCGUCAGUGAUCCAAGUUUAUAUCUUUUCAGAUAAACUGGAAUCUAUUUUGACUGUAGAAGGCCUCUGGUCCAAGUGAGAGCACAUGACCCAAGUUGAGUGGAUUCAUCAAUGGGCCAGAGGCAGGCAGGGUCAUAUAUUAAUAGCUGCUUCCAUAUAAACAAGUGAGGAGAUGGACAGUUCUGAGGAAAUCAGCCAGGGGUUGGGGGAUCAAAUAAUUGGUUUCUUCUACUCAGGUACUAGUAGGGUAUUAAGUUGGAAAUAUGGAACAGAACCUAAGAAAAGAAAAACCCCAUAUCACUAUUCUCUGCACAAACUUCUCUCUGAUCUGGAUACUAGUUGAUUGAAACGAUUAAGAAUAUCAGAAAAUUAAUCAUUUCAUUCAUAUUCUUUCUCUAAGUUGAAAAGUUAUAUAAGUUUAUCCUUCAGAGCUUCAACUUAGAACUCUUAUGGUGCCAGGGGAAGCAAACAAACUCCAUAGAUCUCUAAGCCAUCUUUGAAGUCAGCUGGAAUCCUUAAGGUCUCCAUGGAUUUCGUGUUCAUGAACCCACGUUGGAGUGGUAAAAGAGGCAGUACAGCAGCAUGCUCCAUAUUCGCUCCCGUAUUUGUUUGGUCCUCAGGCCAUAAAUGAUGGGGUUUAAGGUGGGUGGGAUGACCAGGUACAAGUCAGCUAACAGCACUUGGGUGUGCAAAGGCACUAUGCUUUUCCCUAGCCAGGCCACAUAGAUGGAUGCCAUCCCAGGUAAAUAGAACAGAGCCAUAACUCCCAUAUGGGAGCCACAUGUGCUUAAGGCUUUCAACUGAGUAUUCUUUGAGGAUAGACCAAAUACUGCCUGGAGAAUCAGAUUAUAAGAGACAGCAAUGAAGACCACAUCAGAGCCCACAAUAAUCGAGGAACCAAUCAGACUGUAGAGAAAACUGGGCAUAGGGUCAGCACAUGCCAACUUGGCCACAGCUGUGUGCUCACAGUAGGAAUGGAGAACCACUGUGGAGCCACAGAAAGGUAGAUGACUCACCAUCCAACUCAAUGGAGUCACAAAUAUAACAGCUCUUAUGAUGAUGGCCACAAUCAUUCCCAGCAUCACUUGAGGUGUGAGAAUUCUCUUGUAGCGUAGGGGCUUACAGAUGGCUACAUAGCAGUCAAAAGCCAUGGCCAGCAGCAGCCCUGUCUCCACAGCUGUGGCUGCAUGCACAAAAUACAUCUGAGUGAAACAAGCACUAAAGCUGAUGAAGCUGUCUCCUGAGGAGAAGAUGCUCACCAUCUUGGGCACCACAGAGGAAGCCAUAACAAUGUCCACGGCAGCCAGAACACACAGGAAGCGGUACAUGGGCUCUUGUAGAGUGGAAUCCAUGCAGAUUACAGCCAUUAUGAUGGUGUUUCCUAACAGGGCUGUGGUAUACAUGACACUCAGUGAGAUAGCCAGCCAAAGAUGUGAAGACUGCAAACCUGGGAUGCCCACAAGGAAGAAGGUGGCAGGGGUUUCCAUGGUGGUGUUAUAGGGUAGCCCAGGCAUCAUAGAUGAGGCUGCUUUCCUGUUAAUGCACAAAAUGAUGUAAGAAAAGGAUGCAAUCCUGUAAGACUUGUUCCCAGUUAUGGUGUGGGAGAGCCUGGUGAUAUUCUUAGCUCAGUGGACCACAGGAUCAGAAAUCUGACAUCUGACAAACUUAUCCUACUCCACCUUCCAUCCUCCUUAGUAUUCUUUGCCCUACUAAUUUCUAUUUAUCAUUCAAACAUCAGCUCAUGGGUUACCUCCUUUGAGAAGCCUUCUCUGCUCUACCUCCUCCCCCAUUUCAUGCCAAAGGUAAAUUAGAUAUCUUCUGAGCUUUCAUAAAAUUUCCCAUACUGACCUCCGAGGUGCCUAAAUUGACGUUAUUAUCUCUCCCUAUGAUUUUGUUGUAUUCAUUUGUGUGUGUCUUGUUCAGGAACUUAUGCCUUAUACAAGUUUGUGACCCCUACCUGUCCUGCACAAGUCCAUUAAAAGAAGAUAUGUCUGCUCAUUAUCGCAAACACUUGAAUGAAUGAAUGAGAAACUAGAAGAAAGGUGUUUUCUUUUAUCUUUGUAUAUUCAGUUCCUAAUAUUUAAUGAUUGUUGGAUGAAGCAAUAAACUGCCUGAAAUUGAACGUGUCA